AAUUCAAAGUUACUAGUUCUAGGUCUAGUGUUAGUUCUAAUUUUAACUGCUAUCUAGUGCUAGAUUGUAUAUUUUUAUUGAACUAAAAGCAUUCGGCGACACCACAAUGGUGUCAUGCGCAAAGCAUCGGUCAACGGCCGGCGUCACAACAUUGGUGUCGCGCGCAAAAUAUCAUCCAGCACUUUAGCAUCGUUUGCAUUUUAUGGUGUUCAGUUUGUGUUUUGUUUAAGUGAGAAUAACUUACAUACAUCAGCAAGUCUUUUGUUUCUAUAAGUUAUUGAGCCCUUUCAUCAUGGCAGACGAAAGAAAAGAUACGAUUAUUAAAGAUGAAUGCGCAGACGACUUGUCUGACGUUCCAAGCGACAUUGCAGAUUACGAAGAAGACAUUGCAUAUCCAAAAAAUGAAAGUGAAGCAGAAUUUUCGGACGAUGAUGUACAAUUGGCAACUGAUUCGGAUGAAUCAGACGAAGAUCACAGUACACCAUGGUCAGACUUUGAUUUACCGAGGACCAAUAAUGAAUUUGAAGGGUCUUUUGGUCCAAACCUAUUUCCCGAAGAUACACAGAGCAUCGAGGAUAUCGUAAAGUUAUUUAUUGGGAACGAUUUAUUUGAAUAUAUUAGCAGCGAAACGAAUAAAUACCACAAUCAAAAUUGCAAAAAAAGGAAACUAAAUAAAAAAAGUGCCAAAUUUGUCGAUGUUACGGCAGCCGAACUUAAGAAAUGGUUUGGGCUUACUAUCCUGAUGGGAAUUGUAAAAAAAACAAGGAUGGAUGAUUAUUGGUCAACGAAUCCAUUGAUAGAAACUCCAAUAUUUCGGAAAACGAUGUCUCGUAACAGAUUUAGACAAAUAUUAUCAUUUUUGCAUUUUUCCGACAACAAUAAUAAACCGGAUAAUGCCGAUCGACUUUUUAAAGUGCAACCAAUAAUUGAUUACUUUUCCAAAAAGUUUGAAGACAAUUUUAAUCUUGGCCAAAACAUCUCAAUUGAUGAAGGAAUGAUACCGUGGCGUGGACGAUUAAAUUCGAAAGUUUAUAAUCCGUCGAAAAUAACAAAAUAUGGCAUACUCAUUCGAAUGCUAUGUGAUUCCAAUACGGGAUAUAUUUCCGCAUUCAAAAUAUAUUCCGGCGUUGGACAGCCAGUACCAAAAACAGUGAUGGAAUUACUAACACGUGCUUAUGGCAAGUGGCAUCAUCUAUACAUGGACAAUUACUACAACAGUGUAGAACUUGCGGAGAAUUUACUUACAAAGAAAAUUCGAGUCUGUGGAACGAUACGGCAACGAAAAGGAUUUCCAGAAAAAUUAAAACGCGCUAAACUCAAUGUGUUUGAAGCUUGCCAUCAACGAAAAGGAGAAGUACUCACACAAUUAUGGAGACCUUCAACAACGAAAAUGAUACGAAUAAUCUCUACGAUACAUAACGCCACUUUGAUUGACACUCAAAAAAAAUGCAGAAAAACCAAUUGCAGAAUUAAAAAACCCGAAAGUGUAUUGGACUAUAACAAAAACAUGAAAGGAGUGGAUCGGGCGGAUUAUUUUCUGAGUUACUACCCUAUAUAUAGAAAAACUAUAAAAUGGUCGAAAAAGGUUUCCAUGUACCUCUUUAAUUGCGCGUUAUUUAAUGCGUUCAGGACAUGUCCAUAUUUCAAUGCAAAACACAAGGGUCUCCGAUUUCAUGAUUUUUUUUUGAAAGUGGCUGAAUCGUGGAUAAAAGAUCACGAGCAAAACUUGGAGGUAGCUACUACAUCCCAUUCUGAUGCGAUCGACAGACUUUCCGGUCAAGUAAAGCAACACCAACUAAUACUUAUUUCCGAAACUAAUAAGCGUAAGCGAAGAAACUGCCAUGUGUGCGCGAAAAACAAAAAAAGAAAGGCAACAAAUUUAAUGUGCAAGUCUUGUGGAGUUGCGUUACAUCUUGGGGAUUGUUUUGCUUCAUAUCAUCUAAAAGAGAAAUACUAAUAUAUCUUCGAAAUUUCAUGAAAAUAGGGGGAGAGGAAAACUUAGAAGAACCAACGAUAAGAUUAAUAAGACUUGACAAUUUAUAAUCUCCCGAUAACUUCAAGAACAGCCAACAAGAUAAUUGUUUCAGUUUGAAUUUAAUUUUGAUUUAUUAUUACUUUAUUUCGUUUUUUUAUAUGUAUAUAUGGGAUUUCCAGGAAGACCAGGACGCCAUAAAUUGGCUUACUGAUGGAAAUACCCUUUGGCAAACUCCUAUACUCUGUUAUUUUAAUGUAUUAUUUAUAUUGUAAUAUUCUUUUAUGCCAAUAAACUAUUAUUAUUAUUAGUAAUCUGAAUUAGUGCGGACGGCAAAGUGUUAAGAGACGAAAACUCGAAACUUUUUUAUUUGUUGUCUAGUGUUAGUUUUAGUUCUUAUUCAGCGCUAAAUUGUUGCAAAUUUUUAU